GCGACGGGACUGUUGGCCAAGGAAGCCAACACAAUUGCCGGCACGAAUACAGUGCUCAAAUACCACGAGCCACCAGAGGCGCGCAAGCCAUCGAGCAAAGAGCAGUGGCGCAUGUUUGUCUUCAAGGGCAAGGACAUGGUUGACACGAUCCACCUCUACUCGCGCAGCUGCUGGCUCAUGGGUCGCGACCAAGCUGUUGUUGACUUCCACGUCGAGCACCCAAGCACAAGCAAGCAGCACGCAGUCAUCCAAUUCAGACAUCAAACAACGACGAAUGAGUACGGAGACAAGCUGAGCAAAGUCAAGCCAUAUCUCAUCGACCUAGACAGCGCCAAUGGAACGCGGCUGAAUGGAGACAAGAUUGGAGGAAGUCGAUACAUUGAGCUACGCGAUGGCGACGUCGUGGGCUUUGGCGACAGCGAGAGGGAGUAUGUCAUGAUG